CUGCAAAAUUGUUUCGUCUUUGGGGUUGGAGAAAAGCUGAAAAUGGAGAAACGUGGACCGACCAACAGAAUAGUCGAAGACAACAUCUUGGCGAUCCUCGACGCUUCUGGAUUGACCGACGCUCGAGAUUAUGACGACGACAGAUUAACUUUCCUUGAAGCACUCCGUGCUUCGUCAAUCGUUGCAGAAAAUAUAACUGCUCCCUCCUGCAAAAUGUUUGAGGCAGUUUUUCAGAUCUUGAGGGAUCGAAGGUCCCUCGAACUGGCUGUGGCUAGUUACCAGCUCUUGUGUGAGUUAGACAAGCGCUUUCCUCGGGUCUACUUGUCCCAUGUGGAUAAAUCUGAGUCAUCCGAUAGUGCACCAUUGGAACUUUUUGAAGUUAAAGAGGCUUGGUCACCAUUCGUUCUUGGUCUGGAAAGUUCCUACAGUGGGAGGGAAGUGACUGACAAGAACCUGGAUGAACCAAUGGAUUCCUAUCGGUUUCUUGUUCUGGUACAAGGCAUUAAACAACUGGCUGAUGGGAUGAGUUUUCAAGUGUCAGACCCGAAGCCCAUGGGCAAUGUGUUGUUGUUCCAAUAUCUGGUCAGUGUUCUUGAAGGGGAUUUCUUACCUCGUAAUACUGUAUAUAAAGAAACCAUGAACUGGGUCCUUCUCAGGGAGUCCUUGCUCAACAUGCUUCUGGGUUCAAGAAGGAUAAGCUACAAAAAUUUAAUAAAGGAUUGCUUGUCUAUCAUAUCUAAAGGAUUCCACUCGCACGCUAAAUGUAGCACUCAUGAACUGGAACAUACUGAAAAGUCUCCGACAACAAUUGCUAACGAACAUAAUACUUCUCUGGCAUUUGCUUUGGUUGAACUAGAAAAAGGAACUUGUAUUGCUCUGCAGAAAUUUUUGGUGCUGAUUAUGGAGCUUGAUAUGUCAAAGAAACAAGCAGAUGUGCGUGGUGAUACUUCCAGAGCUGAUGGUGUGAGAACCCCACUUGUAGAAAUAAUUCUGGACGAACUUACUUAUGAUGAAGAUUUACUCUUGCAAUUUUUCUCGGUAUUUUCUGAUCCUAAAUGGAAAAUGGAAAUAAUUUUGCAGUAUUUCCGGAAGUAUAUUACAAAGCCUGCUACUCGCACUCGGAGGUCAAAUGUUUCCUCAGAUGAUGAUACAUUUCAUGGUAUCUUGAGAUGCUUUUCAAAUGGCAAAAGCACAAAGAGCAUUAUCAAGAAGAUCAGCCUGGAUGAAUGCCAACUGCUUCUAGCGCAUGGUUUUCAGGCUUACUUGGCCCUACAACAUCAUGUCAAAGAAAAUGCUGCUUCUGGUGGAGACAUUGGAAGUGUCUCUCUGGUGCAGAUAUGCAAAGAUGUGAUUUCUGCUUUUCAUAAUAUUCGAACAACUAAUGGGGACAUUGAGAUUUUGCCUUUUGGAAAAGAAGCACUGUUCACUGCCGCAACAAUCCUUGCAUUAAAAACGUAGGGUUUGAAAAUAAUUAUUGUUUAUGCCUUUUCCUCCCGGAGAGACAAUCCUAAAGGUAAAUUUAUUAAUUUCCCACCGCACUUCUAUGAUUUCCAAGAUGGAAUAACAUGUAUUAUGGCAUUGGAGUCGGCUUUAACUGAGGAUGAGCAUGAGAGCAGAGACAUGAUAUGAGGAAUUAUAUAAGAUUCCUGUGGCCCAAGUACCUCUGGAUAAAC